AUGGAGAGGCUGGGCAGCGCUCGUACCGGUCAGGCCAUCAUCGACGAUAACGCGCUGCUCAACCUUCCACCGCCGAGCCCAUUCCACCUUAAGGUUAGGAAUCUUUGGGUUGGGGUCCCCCACAAGACUCUACCGUCAUGGCUGCCAAAGGCGCUCAAGCGCAAGAUGGUUCCGGAGGACGAGGGCGAGGAGGAGACACGGAAAAAGUGGAUCUUGAAAGGCGCAGAGUGCGAGUGUCGAUCUGGAGAAGUACUGGCUAUUCUGGGAGGCUCUGGAUCUGGGAAAACCACACUGCUCAAUCAAAUCGCAUAUCGCUCAACCGGCCUGCCCGUCGAAGAUGGCGAAGUGAUCUACCACGCUGUUACCUCUCACCAUUCGGGAUCAGCCCCAGACGGGGAGGGCGCUGACGCUGUCUUGGGCCAGGCGGCGCCGGAUACGAGGGCGAAAGCGGGCAAGAGGGAGAUGGGGCGGAGAAUUGGGUUCGUGAGGCAGCAGGACUUCCUGGUGGAGCACUUGACCGUCCGAGAGACUCUUACCUAUGCUGCCCGGCUCCGUCUUCCGCCUGAUCUAUCGAGGGAGACAAUUGCGCAAAUCGUGGAGCAGGUGAUUGAUGAGUUGGGGCUGAGGGAUGCUGCGGAUACGGUCGUGGGCGGGCCUCUGCGGAAGGGUAUAUCAGGAGGGGAAAAGAGGCGACUGUCGAUAGGAUGCGUGAUGGUCACUUUGCCUAGUGUCCUCAUUCUCGAUGAGCCCACAUCCGGUCUUGAUGCGUUCACAUCGUACCUCCUCCUCCUGACUCUCUCGCAACUCGCUCGACGAGGCCGCACGGUCAUUCUCUCUAUUCACGCCCCCCGAUCUGAUGCUUUCGAUAUAUUCGACCGGAUCGCCCUGCUAUCGAAGGGCGAGGUGGUCUACUCGGGACCAAGAAGAGGCUGCCUGGACUGGUUUGAAGGGCUUGGUCAUGAGCUUGAGAUCGGCGUCAAUCCGCUAGACUUCCUGAUUGAUAUCUCAUCCAUCGACAACCGGACAGCAGAGAACGAAGAAAUCUCGCGCUCUCGCGUCAAACACCUCGUCGACGCAUGGAAGAACCGCUCUUCGGAAGACCGCAAUACCCUCCUGCUCGAAAAGCUCAAUAACGGUUCAACAAACACCCUCUCCCAAAGCUUUUCACGCCCGGAACUACAGCGCAUCGCAACCGCAAGAUCUGAGAUAAACGAUCAUCUAUCGAGCGAGCGCCGACCUGGCUUCUUGCGCCAGACCGGUGUGCUUAUCGCCAGAUCGCAUCGGAACGUGUAUCGGAACUUCGCGCAGCUGGCGGGUCUGAUUGCGCAGGGGGCGAUUCUGGGUAUCAUCAUUGGCCUGACGUAUUACAAGCUGCCCGAGGAUCCUACUGGUAUCCAGAGUCUGAAGAAUCUGUGUUUCCAGCUUGUUCCGAGCGUGUUCUACCUGCAGCAGGUCUUUUGGGUCUACAAGUUCUGUACGGAUCUGGUCAUCUUUGACCGCGAGCGAGAAGAUCACCUAUACGACGUCGUACCGUACAUCAUCUCGGACUGGAUAUCCUUCCUCCUUCCCUCCAUUGCCGCACCAACAGUCUACCUGAUCUUUGUAUACUUUAUGGUCGGCCUUCGACCGGACAACAUUGCUGCCAAUGUCUUCACCCUGAUUGCAGAUGUUGUCCUUGUUCAAUUUUGCACCCAAGGUCUCGCCAAGCUCGCUGCUUCAGUCACACGCUCUUUCGCUACCGCUAGCGUGAUUGGGAACGCCCUCAACUUGUUCCAGAUCAUGAGUGCCGGCUUCAUCCUGGUCGAUGUACCGCCUUAUGUUUCUUGGAUCAGGUGGAUCAGCCCAUACUUUUAUUCGUUCAGAAUCAUGAGUACGACGCAAUUUCGAGAUCGGACGUUUGAUUGUCCCGCCAACUCCUUGGCCAACUUGGGACAGUGCCAAGGCAACAAUGUCCUUGCCAGCUUUGGGAUCAAUCCAUACACCAACAUCGGUGUCUGGUUUGCCGGUCUCAUUGGAGUCGCGCUUGGCGAGUACAUCAUCGUCUGCCUGAUCUUGUCAUUGUGGAACGGCGGAGGGGUGAAGCACGCUAGCGAGAUCGACUCGCACCAUCGGGGAAAGAACGCGGAUGUCAUGGAGAGCCAUAUGACCCGUGAUCGAAUUGACGUCGAGGUCCGCAACCUGUCUCUGACGUGGGCGAAACGAGCCAUACCGGGCAUUAGCGGACCAAAGACAAAGGUCAUCCUCGAUGACGUCUCGAUGAGCUUCCCUUCCGGUCAAGUUUCCGCCAUCCUCGGCCCCUCCGGGGCCGGCAAGUCAACUCUACUCCAGCUCCUCGCCUCCCGCCCACUAGGCUCCUCCACCCUCUCCCACUUCACAUCCUCUGGCUCCAUUCUGCACGCCGGUCAGCCCUCAUCUUCGGCUUCCCAAUCCCACUUCGCCUUUGUCGAGCAAGAUGACGACUGGCAUCUCCCUCGUCUGACCGUCCGGGAGACACUGCGCUAUGCGGCCAUCCUUCGAUUGCCAGAUAAGAUGCCCCGAAGACAGAAGGUGGCGCGGGCGGAGACGGUGUUGCUCAUGCUGGGAUUGAAGGAUUGUGCGGAUCUGCCAGUGGGAGGGGCGGUGUUGAAGGGGAUCAGUGGAGGAGAAAAGAGGAGACUGAGCUUGGCUGUUCAAAUGAUCAAUGAUCCGGCUGUACUGUUGGUUGACGAACCGACUUCUGGUCUGGACUCUAGUAUCGCUCUCAGCGUCAUGCAAGUGCUCAAAGAUAUCGCAGCGACUGGGCGGACUGUCAUUGCAACGAUCCAUCAGCCAAGAAGUGACAUCUGGAAACUCGCCGACAACGUCACCCUCCUCGCCAAGGGUGGCAAAGUAGCUUUCUCCGGGAAGCGCGAGCAAGUCAUCCCAUACUUCCAAACCCUCAACUACCCUAUGCCGUCCGAAUACUUCAAUCCCGCAGAUCACCUGCUCGAUCUCGUCUCUGUCGAUUCAAGAAAGGCGAAUCACGAUGUCUCGCAGACGCGGGUCGAGGGGCUCAUCGAGAAAUGGCGGGGACAAGCCGGCAAGGUCGAUGUUGAGGAGCGGGUGGCGAGUCGGUCCGAGAAGGAAAUGAAUGACAAGGCGCAAUUGGGGGAGAAGGGCAUAGUACGGGAAAAGAAGGCGACGGGGAUGGUGGUGGCGCUACCGGUGGUACUUGAGCGACACUGGAAGAACCUCUGGAGGCAGAAAGAGGUAUUCUUUAACCGGAUAUUCCAACCUCCCCUCCUCGGCUGCAUCUUCCUCCUCUUCUUCCAGCGACUCUCACGCGGCCCAUCAGGCGCCCAAGAUCGGAUUGGUAUUACCAUCGAAAACACCACUGCCCUCUCCUUCGUCGGCCUCCUCAACGCUAUUGCCGUUUUUCCCGCCGAGCGUAAUCUGUAUCUGCACGAAAGCCGGAGUUCAGCAAGGUACAGCCCAGCGACAUUCGUCAUUGUCUACUCCGUGGUGGAGGUGGGGUUUGAACUGAUCGCUGCGCUGGCUUACGGAGCAUUGAUGAACGUGGCGGUCGGGAUGCAGACGUCGGCUCGGAUCUAUUUCCAAUUCUCGAUAUCUAUUUGGGCGCUCAUCAACAUGGGGGAAAGUCUGACUAUGAUUGCUGGGUCUUUCAUCUAUGUGGAGGGUCUGACGGUCACCGUUGUCUCCACCGUCCUAUCUAUCAUCGGACAAUUCAGCGGUGUCAUCUCCCUGUCAGUCCCGGCCUGGCUUGCUGCUAUUGCAUGGGGCUUCCCUAUCAAACCCGCUACACGGAUACACAUCAUCAAUGAGUCCGUGGGGCUUGUCUUCCGUUGCUCACAGGAAGAUGUCCAGUCUGGAGUCUGUGUGGCUCAAACAGGAGAGCAGCUGCUGGCGCUGUUCAAUUGGCAAGAUCUCAAUGUCGACAAGUUCACGGCGCUAGCUGUUGCCAUUGCUGUGAUAUGGAGGCUGCUCGCCUGGUUCGCGCUGUGUAUCAGAGUGGGUGGGUUUAGAUGA